AAUCAGAAACUGGUGGAGGAGUUUCAGUAUCUUUUGGAGAAGAGUCAAAGUUUAUUCAGUGGUUUAAGAGAUUUGCCUCCUACUGGAAGUCAUCGCCAGUGGAGACCUUAUUUCGAAAAAACGUUUGAAGUAUAUACAAAGUUAUGGAAAUUCCAACAAACUCAUAGAUCGAUUCUCGAAAAUAAGAGUAAUUACGGUUUGAAGCGUUGGGAAGUGGGAGAAAUCGCCAGUAAAAUUGGUCAACUUUAUUAUCAUUACUAUUUAAGAACAAGCGAGACGAAUUAUUUACAUGAGGCGUAUGUUUUUUAUGAGGCCAUUCACGAUAGACAAUAUUUUAAAGACAUCCUUGAGGUCAAAAAUUCUGCAUUGAUGAUCAAAAAAAUGAGAUAUUAUGCUCGUUUCAUUAUUGUUUGCCUAUUGCUUAAUAAGGAUGAGAAUGUACGUCAGCUUAUUAGUGAAUUGGAAGGAUUGAUAGAAGAGUAUACAAAGAGUUUUAAACCACCUGAUGCUAAGGAAUGGCAGAUGGUGUUGGAGGAAAUCAGUACUUUCACGGAAGCAGAAAAGAAGCUGGUUCCUAUUAAUUUAGAUCGUACGCCCGACAAAAUCGAACAUCGCUUAUCUGCAAGUAUACCCGAAAGAAAUGUCGGCAACAACAUUCCCAAAUUAAAACUGCAGGAGGCUAUUCUUGUAGGCAAUUAUCAGAAGCAAAUCAAAUUUUCCGAAUUGACAUUAGAUAUGUAUCGCAUGUUACAAUCACUCGAGCGAGAGCCGUUUAAUGUUCAUCCUUCCGCUACUUUAAAGAAAUCAGUUGACACAAAUACAACUGAAAAAAAGGAAGGGGUAGUCCUGAAGGAGGAUCAGAAUACGGCCAACAACAAUAGAUCUAAUCCACACAAAUAUUUGUUAUACAGACCUUCUUUGAGCCAACUUAUGGUUUAUAUUUCAACUGCUUUUAAAGACACGAGCGAUGGUUCUGCUUUGCUGCUUUACUUAUCAGCUGAUGGGUGUGUUUAUCCGGAUCAAACUGUACCCGGGUACGGGGGUGGUGUAAUUACUAGUCAACCCGCAACUACUUUAUCUACAGAUGUUAGUGUUACAACCCCAUCCGUGCACUGUCUUCACCCGGCGGAUCUCAUUCCAUUUACACGCAAACCGUUGUUUUUGAUUGUGGAUAGCAAUAAUAGUGUUGAAUUUAGAAGUAUGCCAAAUGUAUUUGAUCAACCCGUAAUGUGCUUAAUGUCACCAAUCAAUUAUCCUUCGUCUGUACAAGAUAAAAGUGAAAUCGGUAGCCUUUUUACACUCUUCUUACAUACGCCCUUACUUGGAUUCUGUUCAGUGUCGGAUAUUGGUAAUUUGGAUCAACAAAAGUGGGACUCUUGUGUUCAAAAGAUAUCGAUUAUGGAAAAGGCAAUUGGCGAUCUUUUGAUUUCAGACGCAACUGUGGAUAAAAAUGUAAAACGAUUUAUGUCCGAUGACUUUUUGUUUUACUUUAUUGUUCGUUUCGUACUUUGCGGUAUAUUUUUAAGAUACCAUUCAUCUUUCAAGGAUGAAAAGUCAUUCCCGACUUGCUCACCAGCAUUGCCUGAAAGUGUAUAUGUCUCUACUGAGAUAGUCACUAUGUUAGGUGAUUUGACUGCAAUUGCUGAUGUCGGGACGUAUUUUAGUUUACCCGCUUAUGCUACAUCAGCGGCAACCACAGCAUCUAAUAUUACUUUAGGUUCAGUGUCUGUACCAAAUACAACGCCUGCUACAAACACCUCAAUAACCACCUCAGCAAUCAUUCCCACCACGGCUCCGUCUACAAGUACCAAUGUCGAUUCAUCGCCAACAUCCGUAGUUACACCUGUAGAAAUUGCAUGA